UGAAAGCUUAGUUUAGUUGAGUGUCAAUCAGUUUGAAAUCAACAUGUGGGUGAAAACAGUGAUAGCUUUUACAAUUGUCUAUGUCCUUGUCCUUGCUCAUGGAGAGCUUUUAAAAAAUUCUUAUUUAAACCUUAAAAUUGUGGGUGGACAAGAGGUUGUGCCUCACACACACCCCUAUCAAGUGGGAAUUGCAAUUCGAGAACCAAAACACAGGACAGGAUGGUGUGGUGGAGCUCUCAUAACAGAUAUGUUCGUCUUAACAGCUGUGCAUUGUUUAAAGGGAAUUCAACUUGCAACCCUUUACAUUGGAGCUCAUGAUAUACGUAACCUUUCGAAUACCAUGACAAUAGACGUUACACCAAGAAAUAUGCUUCUACAUCGUUUGUGGACGCCUAGGUAUGCGGUUAACGACAUUGCAUUGAUACGACUACCAAAGUCCAUAACAUUUAGUGAUUCCAUUCAACCAAUCGUUCUUCCGAAUAACCCACAGACAAUCCACAAUGUCUCACCUGGACAAAUGCUUGUGGCAAUCGGUUGGGGACGUACAUCAAGCAAUACUUCCAUUGCACGACCUUCGAAAUUGCAUUCGAUUCAACUGAGAGUCGAAGCAGAUGCCACAUGCAAGAAUUUAUUCUUUCACUAUGACGCAACUUUGAAUAUUUGUCUCGAGGGGAAUGUUGAGAAAACUACUUGUUUUGGUGACUCUGGUGGACCGAUUGUCGUUAUAAAUGAGAGAACUGGGACGCACGUUCUAGUUGGGAUUACAUCGUAUGGAAGGAAAUGCGAAAAUGUGUCGGUACUUACGAAAGUAGCAGCGUACCUCGAUUGGAUUGAACUCACAAUGAGAACGGGAGAGAUGUGAUGGUUUUUUUUUAUACAACCAAAGUUUGGCAACUAGUUUUAAUAUCUUAUAGUUUAAUAAUAUUAUCAUUGCAUUUCUGUAAA